CAAUCCACAAAUGACAUAUGCUCGGCGCUAUCACAUCCAAUAGUGUUCGAUGAGACCGAUCAAGUGACUGAUACCAUAUAAUCAUAACCAUCAGUGAGUUAUUCCAAGUUGUUCUCCAAAAUCGUGAGGACCACCUUCUGGUUCUGUAUUGAAACAGGUUUCAUGAUGUGACAAAAUCAAGAGCAUUGAGUACAAAAAUAUGAGCAAGUGAUAGUGAUAGUCGACGUGAUGUGACUUCUUUUGUUUGCAAUGACCUGUUGAUGCAUAACCACACGAAAAUGUGGAAGCGCAUUUGUGCAUUGUUUGGUGUUCUGUGUGUGCUGAGGCCUGGAGCAUGUACUGCGCAUUGUUACUCCCAGUUCUGUCACAAUACCUCUCUGAGUACAAUAGAAUCCCAGGGGAGAAAUACCGCAGGCGAUGGAGAGUGUCUUCUGACUGCCAUCCAGAAUAACUCAGAAUGCAUGAACAUGAAAUUUCAUGGGUUGGGCCGGCUGCCACCCCCCGGAGUUCCACUAGUGGAUUUGAAAAUUUCUGCUUACGUUUAUCACGAGAGAGGAACGAAAGCCACUGCCUUUAAUCUCACUGUUAGAGAUAUCACAUUCCGAAGAUUGGUAACGAGGUAUCAAGAGCGUGGAGAUUCGACAUCGUCUUACUGCCGACAUAUACAUUUCCAUGGAUCGAAUGAUUCCGAUGUCAAACCGAGUUUAUUCGUGUCUUGUCCCUUUGCUACGACAACUUUUGAAGAACGAUCCUACUGGUUUGAGUACUUAAUCAUCGGGGAUAAUUACGAGUACAGUAGGAAAUUGUUGUUCAAUGUUCCCAGCCAUCAUCAUAUUGGUGAACGGGUAGAUGACGUUAGAAAUUACAUUCCCUUCGCCUACAUCGAUGUGUCUGACAUCCCAGCAGUCUCUUUGCACAUCCAGCCAAUACCCAAAAAAUUCAACACCUCUGAUUACCGUAUCUGGGUGAUAAAUAAUGACACAGGUGCAUCAGAAGUGACAAACCUCAAGUUGUUAAAUUCAGAGGGCCACAUUAGGCACAAUUUCACAAUGUUGGAUGGUGCACAUUACGUCUACGUGACAGCGAUGCACCCAGAUUGUGAUGAGCAGGGCUGCAUAAACAGCACAUUACCUGUUAUCACUGUCAAACAGCCAACGAGACGCAUAUUAAUCAUGAUAAUCAGCGUUGUUUGGAUACCCCCUGUGAUACUCUACGCAAUUUAUUACUUGUACAAAUUAUCCAAGAAGAAAGAUUUGUUCAAGCAAAUCGGCAGGAGGCCAAAGUGUCUUCUGGUCUACUCGCCCACGCAUAUGGCGCAUGUGGAUGUUGUCUCAAAUUUAGCCAAGUACCUGAGGUCUUGCAAUGUCGCGGCUAUGGUCGACGUUCUUGACAUCCCAGAGACUGACACAAAGGACCCAGGCCACUGGUGCAACGAGGCUUUUAAAUCAGCCGAAACUGUAGUAGUCCUGGCGUCACCAUCUCUCGGUGCAGCGUCGGUGCCAGUCAUCUACAGAAACGUCGACAAUCACGCAUUGAGGCUUCUCAAAGAGAAUUACUCGCACAGGAAUAAGCGUUACAUUGCUGUUGAACUUCCUUACUGCACCUCUGAUGAGAUACCAGAAGAGGCCAGACUGUUCAAAAAGCUCAGGCUCCCAGAGAGUCUGGACAAGCUCGUCAAAUACCUCCACAAUAUCGAGUUCGUCAGAUGCUUCACCGGCUCAAGUCAAGCCUUGAUCGAGAGCAUAAAUUUAGCGACGAUUGAGGUCUCUCGAGAGAGACAAGAGAGUCCCAAAAACAUUGACGAGACUCACGAACUCCUCCCGAUCAUUCACAACCCGACAGUUACAAGUGUGGAGGAAGAAGUUUCUCGGGAAGAUCUCAGAUCUGAAGAUUCCAGCUACGAAGUUGCGAACGAAGAGCCUGUGAUUAGGACCUUCAGAACACAAAUUGACGAACUGAAUUUAUUGGGAGAGGUCGAAGAACCUGGGGAGAUGAGGUAUGAACCCCCUCCUGAUGUCGGCGAAUUUCGUAUCGAUCAAUUGGACUUGUAAGAUUCCUAUUUGUACGUGACUUUACUCGUUUGUAUACAUUUUUUAUACGUGAUGACCUGUUGUGACCGAGAUUAUUUCGUAACUAUUUAUUUUAUAAUUAAAUUUUAAGUGGUUGUUGUAAAUGCCUAUUUGCGCACGUCUUUUAAGAUGAAUAUGAAUAAAAAGUGAUUUAGUUGAUUAACAA